AUGAAGGUGGCCGAUUUGCUAAGUAAUGGGAAUUGGUCUAUUCCUCCUGAAGCUCAAAGUAUUUUUUCUGCUCUUAAUCUCCCUGAAGGUGGAAAUGAUGAAAUAAUAUGGAAUGCAUCUCUCUCUGGAGAAUUUCUUGUUUCAGCUGCAGUUAAUAAAAUGAGAUUUAAAGAAGGCAAUGUUAGAUGGUCAAAAUACUUAUGGAAUUCUUAUCUUCAUCCAAGUAUUGCUAGCAAUGUAUGGAAGCUAAUUUAUGGGCUUUAUAUGGAUGAUGAAAAAAUGGUUAGUCAUGGUUAUGAUAUGGUAUCUCAAUGUUGCAUUUGUGAAAAUGCUGAGCAUAACAUGCACCAUCUGUUCUGGGAAUGUGAUUUUAGCUCAAACACUUGGAAUUGGUUGGUGGGCACCUUUCAGUUUGCAGUUCCUACAUCUUUUGAAGACAUUUGGAAAAGUGCAAUAAAUAAAAGUCCAUUGGUUCAGCAAGUCUGGAUCACAACAGCAUGCAGUACAAUGAAGGAGUUGUGGUUUCAGAAAAAUAGAUUUUUUUUUGACAAUAUUAAGCCAAACAUCUCCUCCUUCAAUAAUAGAAUAAUGAAGAUGGUUUUUGAAGGUGGCAUGAGAAUAACAUGGAGCAAAUGGAACCAUAUUUAUGAUCUUAAUCUAAUUACUUUCUUUAAUAUGAGUCCAAGGAAAUCUAAGAUUCAGUUUAUUAAGCCUUGUUAUUGGUUUGCUCCUGAAGCUGACUUUACUCUAUUUUACUGUGAUGGAGCAUCUCUUGAAAAUCCAGGUGCAGGUGGUCUGGGAGUUGUGGUUAGAAAUCAUCUUUGUCGGGUAAUGGGUGCAAUUUCUGGUGGUUUAGGCACUGCCACAAAUUACAUACCAGAAGUAUAUGCAGUUGUGGUAGCUGCUGAAUUAGUUGUUGAUUGGGAGCUUCAGAAGAUUAUCAUUCAUCCAGACUCAAAAACUGUGCUAAAUCAAUUUGCCUGUAAUCAAAUUCCUUGGUUUAUAAAGGUCAGAUGGUACAAUGUAGUUAAAAAUCUCAUUGUGAUCAGAUUAGCUCAUUGCUUUAGAGAAAUCAAUUUCUCAGAUGAUUGUGCAGCUAAAAGAGGAGCAAGACUGUUAGUAGGUGAAAUAAAUAUUUACAUUGGAAGACCUUCCUGGUUAGGAAGAGUAGAAACGCUAGAGGUAGUGUAUUACAGAUUCUGUUAA